CAGGAAACGGCACGCAAAGAGAGUCCCUUGACCUGGCGUGAAGGGCGGGCCGCCCCCUUUCGCAAAGCAAACCCCACACUGGCCUGUGCGUGGACUGGGUCUGGGGCGUCCCAGGAGGGCGGAGCGAAAGGUGUCGCUUGCCCGCCCACCAGUUUUGGCGCGCUCGGCGCAAAGGAUUGUGGGUCCAGCCGGGCUGGGGAGUGGGGUCGCGAGCGUGGCUGGCAACCAUCAUGUCGGGGGAAGGAGAUGAGCCCGCCGGGGAGUCCGGAGCCGCCGCGUGUCCCGUGCGCGCCGCCAUCGAGCGCCUCUGCCAGGAGCUCAACUUGGACGCCAGCAGCGCCGCCGAGGCCCUUCGGGACUUCACUGCGCUGCGAGGCACCUACAGCCUGGAGGGGGAAACUGUUCAUUGGUUGGCUUGUGCUCUGUAUGUUGCUUGCCGUAAGAGUAUAAUCCCCACUGUUGGAAGUGGCUUGAUGGAAGGAAAUUGUGUCUCACUGACGAGGAUACUGCGCUCAGCAAAGCUGAGCUUAAUUCAGUUUUUCAGUAAAAUGAAAAAGUGGAUGGACAUGUCAAACUUGUCACAGGAGUUUCGCGAGAGAGUGGAGAGGCUGGAGAGAAACUUUGAAGUGUCCACAGUGAUUUUUAAGAAAUUUACACCAAUAUUUUUGGAUAUAUUUAAAAACCCUUAUGACGAACAACCAAAGUUACAAAGAAGCAGGAAACACAGACGGGUACCUUGCAGUGUUAAAGACUUAUUCAACUUUUGCUGGACACUGUUUGUGUAUACAAAAGGUAAUUUCAGUAUGAUUGGGGACGAUUUAGUGAACUCAUACCAUUUGCUUCUGUGUUGCUUGGAUCUGAUUUUUGCAAAUGCCAUUCUGUGUCCAUAUAAAAGAGAUCUAUUGAAUUUGUCUUUCAAAGGUUUGCCAGCAGACUUUGACACAGCUGACUUCAAGACCUCUGAAGGGCCUCCAUGCAUUAUUGCUACCCUCUGUGAAUUACAUGAUGGCCUUUUGGUAGAAGCCAAAGGCAUAAAGGAACAUUACUUUAAACCAUACAUCUCAAAGCUCUUUGAUAGGAAGAUUUUAAAUGGAGACUGUCUGUUGGAUCUUAGUAACUUUGUAGACAACAACAAAGCAUUGAAUAAGGAAUAUGAAGAAUAUGUUCUGACAAAGGGUGACUUUGAUGAGAGGGUUUUCUUGGGAGCAGAUGCAGAAGAAGAAAUUGGAACGCCUCAGAAGUUUUCUACUGACAUGCAAAUAGGAAUUGUGACAAAAAACGCACCUGUGGAGUAUAAUCUUCAGCAGCAUUUUGAGAAGAAAAGAUCCUUCGCACCCUCGACUCCCUUGACUGGCAGGAGAUACCUGAGAGAGAAGGAACCAGUAAUUACUCCUGUUGCUUCUGCAACACAGAGCGUAAGCCGGCUACAAAGCAUUGUAACAGGGCUGAAAAAUGCACCAAGUGAACAGCUUGUAGCUAUUUUUGUGUCUUGUGUACGAAACCCUAUGGAAAACAUCAUGAACAGAGUGAAGGAAAUAGGUGAAGCUUUCUGUCAGAACUACACACAGUCAACUGAUGAUCAGCCAGGAUCUCACAUAGAUUUUGCUGUUAACCGAUUAAAAUUGGCAGAAAUUCUGUAUUAUAAAAUCUUGGAAACCAUAAUGGUACAGGAAAUGCGAAGGCUGCAUGGGAAAGACAUGUCUGCUCUCUUAGAGCAAGAUAUUUUCCAUCGUUCCCUGCUGGCAUGUUGUUUGGAGAUUGUGCUGUUUGCGUAUAGUUCACCUCGAACGUUCCCUUGGAUAAUUGAGGUUCUUAACCUCAGGCCAUUCUAUUUUUAUAAGGUGAUUGAAGUAUUGAUUCGAUCAGAAGAAGGACUCUCCAGAGAUAUGGUAAAACAUCUCAACAGCAUUGAGGAACAGAUUCUUGAAAGCCUAGCCUGGACAAAAGAUUCUGCACUGUGGGAUGCCCUUCAAGCAGCAGAAAACAAGAUUCCCACCUGUGAAGAAGUAAUGUUCCCAUGUAAUUUUGAAAUGGGGAAUGGGGGAAGAGGACUAGGACAUCUGCCCAUGAUGCCUGUAUCGCCUAUAGUGCAUCCUCGAGUGAAAGAGGUUCGAACAGAUCUUGGGGGGAGUCUUAGACGAGACAUUCAACCAUUGUCUCCGAUCUCUGUUCAUGAUCGCUAUAGUUCUCCGAUGGCAGGUAGUGCCAAGAGAAGGCUUUUUGGAGAUGAAAGCCCAGCAGAAAUAUCCACAGAGAAAAACCUGAGUGAAGGAAGGAAGUUGAAAAUUGCUCCAAUGUCAAGCUGCUUUGAUGAAAAUGUAUCAAUUUCACCUAAACAGGCAGUUCUCACUGUGGCAGCUGCUACAGUAACAGGGGCAACAGGGCAGAAAAUGACAAUUCCAUUGCAUGGAAUUGCAAAUGAUACUGGAGGGAUCACUUUGAUACCCAUUUCAAUCAACGUAUCUCAAGAAUCUAAAGUGGAGAGUCACGGACAAGUCCCCCUCACUGCUCAAGCUUUGAUCAAUGUGUCCCCAAGUCAGCCUCAUAUGACUCAAGCACAAGAGAUGUAUCAGCCAGCAGGAAGCAGGCCAAAGAAAACUGGAUCCCUGGCACUAUUUUUCAGAAAGGUAUACCAUUUGGCAAGUGUGCGUUUGCGUGAUCUAUGCUUAAAAUUGGACGUUUCCAGUGAUUUACGCAGGAAGAUAUGGACAUGUUUUGAAUUCACGUUAGUUCAUUGUACAGAUCUAAUGAAAGAUAGGCACUUGGAUCAGCACCUUCUCUGUGCCUUUUACAUUAUGGCAAAGGUAUCCAAAGAGGAAAGAACUUUUCAGGACAUCAUGAAAAGCUAUAGAAAUCAGCCACAAGCAAAUAGCCAUGUCUACAGAAGUGUUUUACUGAAAAGUGCUCCCACAGAGGUAGUAUUAGAUAUAAAACAAGAAGAGACUUCAGAAGAAGACUCUUCUAGGAAGAUGAACUAUUCACCUGUAAGGACAAUACCAAAAAAUCCCAGAAACUUGGAAAAGGAUGAGAGAGGAGAUCUGAUAAAAUUUUACAACACCAUCUAUGUAGGAAGAGUGAAAAAUUUUGCACUGAAAUAUGCUUCUAACCAGGAUCAUGUGGUGGAAGCACCUCCCCUUUCUCCCUUCCCCAGCAUUAAACAGCAGCCAGUGUCUCCUCGGCGAAUAUCCCAGCAACACUCUGUUUAUGUGUCACCACACAAAAAUGGUACUUGCCUGACACCUAAGACUGCACUGUUAUAUAAAUUUAAUGGGAGCCCUUCUAAGAGUUUGAAGGAAAUCAACAAUAUGAUAAAACAAGAAGGACAGAGAACUAAGAAAAGAGCAAUAUCAAUUGAUAGUGACACAGAGUCACCAGCGAAGAGACUCUGCCAGGAGAAUGAUGAUGUCUUGCUUAAACGUCUUCAGGAUGUUGUCAGUGAAAGAGCAAAUCAUUAGGCCAGCCAGAGUACUAGGAGGACCAGAGCUUGUUAUAAUUUGUCUCAUUUAACUCAAGAUUUUCCACACACACUUUUUUGUGUGUGCUUAUGAGGAAGACCAAAGUAUAAACAUGUACUGGUUUUAUGAUGCUUUCUUUUUUCAUAAAUAUUGAAAUUAGAAGUGGCAUUUUUUACCAUUAUUGAACUUCUGCAAUACCGCUUAUGAAUGUUUACAGCACUAUUUUAAAGUUGAGUCUGAGCUGUAAGAAGUUCUGCCUUUUAUUUUUGUAACGUUGGUUUUCAAGUUGUACUCUGAAAGUAGGAGACAAUUAUAAAAGGUUCAAAGUGUUCAGAUUACAAGCAUCAGAUGUUAGGGAAGCAACAGUUGAUUAUUCCUUAGUGGUGUGAAGUUUAUUUAAAAAGUAGGGGUGGGUUUCUUAUUCUUUAAAAGAAAUUAUUACCAUCCGCACAUUAUUUUAAUGUGAGGUGAGGGUGGAGCUACUAAAUGGCAACAAAUUCUUCAGUUUGAACUGAAUUAGUGUUUGGGAUUAUAGUUUCUGGGUUUUGUUUUUGCAGCCGGUAUAACUGCAGUAGUAACAGUGGUAUGCAGUCAUCUAUCAUAGUGCAUAUUGGGGAAACUUGUGUUCUCUUGCUACCUCAUUUGAAUUUGCUUUCCUCCAAAUGCAGAGUUGACAGUACUAACUGGCAAAAAGCAUGUCACUCAUACUAUUUUUCUGUGCUUUUAUUCAUCAGCUAAUAUGGCUGCUUAUUAGGGCAGCUUAUGUGAGAAGAAGCCAAUUCUGGGUGUUUAGAAUAACAAAGAUUUCCCUUCUACAGUCUUCCCAACAGGUAGGGAAGGCUGGAGUGGCUUGAAAUAUUAGUUCACCUCUCUCAGGAAGGGGACUCAAAGGAGUUGGGAAAGUGCCUUGUGUUAUGAGGGAGUAGGGUUGCCUCAUUGCUGGCUAGUUUAAAGGAGCAGGGAAGAUUUGUAAAGUAAGUACCUCUCACCACCACCCCACACUGGAAGAUCUUUUUUUAAAAAAAUGCCCAGCCAGCAGCAAGAGGAUGACUCUUUCUUUCUAUAGGUUUUCUUACUCCUUUGACUCCCUGGGGCUCUUUCUUCUUAUUGGGAGAGCAGGAAAAGAUUGGGGGCAGGGGGCAGUGCUCUGAGCCUCUCUUGCCGCCUCCUGCCUGUUGAGAAUGGGAGACUUCUAAGAUUCUAGCCCUAUCAGGGUCUGCUGCUUCCCAUGUGAACAGCUGUAACAUGUAGCCAGGCUCUUACAUUCCAUUUUUUGUUUUGUUUUCUGAAAAGCAUAUUCUCCUUUUUUGUGUAGUAUCUACACAGAAUGUAAACCUUAUCAAAUUAGGUUGGCCUGUACAUAAGAUAUUAUGUUGCGGUUGCAGGGAUUUGACCACAGUUAUGACACUCUGAAAUGUUUAUAAAGAAACAGUUUAAUUAGGAGUACUUUAUUGAAAAAUGGGGAAAUUAAUGUUUUAUUAUUAGUGCAUAGGGCCAUUCUCUUUCACUUUGUUAGGGUGUUUAAGAGCAUAAGAUAAUCCUAUAUUGUGCUUCUAGUUUCAUAUGGUUGUAAGUAUUUUGUAUAGACUGCCUUUCAUAAAACAUCUGAUUUUAAGUUUUUGCAUGUUCAUCUUUAACUAGUAUCCCAGGAUUUAAUACACAGGUCUACUAGUGUGAUAGGUUGCAGUGCAAAACUAGAAUUGUGGUUUGGAAGAAAAUAAAGCUGACAGACAUAUCUUUUGUGUUGAAUGGACAGAAUUGCAUUCUGUCUGUGCUUUAGUAAGUUGUUGUGAAAGGAAGUUACACAAGUGCCACAGAAUCUAAAUAUUAGUCUUUCUUAUAAAACAAGCAACCCCAUGGUAACAAUAGCUUUGAAAAAGGUGUGGCCUUCUGAAGUAUUGACAGAAUUAAACAAUGGGGCAUAAAAAUCCAUUCAGUUUCAGCUAUGUUACUUUUCAGUGCAUCCCCCCUCCCCCCAAGUCCAUUAAGUCUCCUGUAUACUACUGCUAUUUAUCUGUCCUCCAUGUCUAUCUGUAUUCUCAGGUACUGUAUUAAAAGGCUGGUGCUGAAGUUUUUAUUAAUCAUGUUUAAUGGUUUAUAUGAAUUACGUUUUAACUGUUUGGACUUGAAGCUCCACACUAAACCCAGAAGAGGCUAUAGUGGUGCUACAGAUUAAAUGAGCUUGCUGGAAAAGGUUUUUUAUAUAAAAAUGCUUGUAAAAAUUAAUCUUAAAAUUAAAUAAGUUUUAUUCUGA